AUGCACGGUUUUCCACCAAGCGAAACGAACGGUGGCUACACGCCCCCUGCAGAUGCCAAAGUGAUAGGACUUGUAUUCUAUGGACGGAAGGAAUUCGUUAGCAUUUUGGACUUGUACUUGAAGAGAAAUUUGCGGGUCAAUGGCGGCCUGUUGGACGAGGUUAUCUUUGUAGUGAAGACAAAUAAGACACAUGACCUGGAAUACCUGGAUGAACUGCUGUCACAGCAACCUCAGUACUCCAAGUAUAUCCCAACACAGGGGAAGCCAAGUGGUGAGAUAUGCGUUCCUACUGUUCCGUCUAUCACGGAGGGCUUGAAGCUCGAUUGGUGCACCGACAAAUCGGGUCCCUUCGAUGGAUGGGUCAGCAGCUGGAAGGCGGUAGUUGAGCCCGAAAACAUCUAUAUUAAGAUCGAUGACGAUAUCGUGUACUUUGAGGACUCGACCAUCCCAGCCCUAUGCGAAAAGCUCGUCAACAACCCCCAGUAUUUUGCUGUGUCUGCGAACGUUGUGAAUGGAGGCUUUAGCUCAUGGGUGCACCGCCGUUUAGGUGUGUAUGCACCUUACUGGCCAGAAUCAAAAUCAAUCCAGCCUACGACCACCUCAAAAUCCAAGCCAACAUGCUGGCGCCCCUCUAAGCUCCCUCCACAUGCAGAACUAUCUGAAGGACCACCCGACUUCCGCGCCGACGGCACGACACCAGCACCAUUCCAGGGACACAGGUGGCUACCAGUCCGUCCAGGCACAGCUAAGGCUCGCAAAGGAUUACCCGACGAUACGCUGAUCUUCGAUGCAUGGGGUCCCAAUACUGAAAAUUGGACAGUAGCAGCUCAAACUCAUUAUUCGUUCCUGCAGCACCUGGAGCAAGAUACAACAUGGCGAUAUAAAUUCGAUACCUGGGACAUGGAUUACGAGCGGCUAGCAAUUACCUUCCUAGCUAUCCGCGGGAAGGAUGUUAUAGAUUCAUUCCCAUUUACCUGCGAUGACGAUGAAUUCUACCUUACUUGUAUUCGACCUAAAGAGCUUGCGCGGCCUGUUGUUAUCAACGGGACAGGACUUGCCGCGCAUUUCGCCUUUAACCCCCAGAGAGUGGCUCAUGAUGGGAAAAGCAUAAUGUGGACAGAUCUAUUGGAUAGAUACCGUAUGUUUGCAGAGGAGACUGCAGGCACAGAUUUCUAUCUCUAA